AUGACGUCUGCCGCCGCCGCUGAUAAUGCCGGGCGGGAAGCCCCUGACGAACCCUCCAUUAUGUCUGAGGAUGAAGGGGGCCAGCCUCGAAAGCGACUGAGGGUCUCGCGGGCUUGUGAGCCUUGCCGACGUCGAAAGGAGCGUUGCAAUGGGGCUCAGCCAUCCUGCCAACGCUGCAACAACGUUGGGCGUUCAUGCUCAUACAACCCCUACAAAAAGCGCGGCCUGCGUCCAGGAUAUGUCAAAGCGACGGACAUAUUGCUUGGAGUUUUGCUUCACUACUAUGACGAUGCCGAAAGCCUGAUCAUAUCAAUCCUCAGUGCCGACACAACUGGUUCACCCGACCCCAUUGCAGGGUCAGAACGUAGUGACGUUCCAUUUCCCGUUUCGCUCUACGAUGUAUGGCGGAAAAGCGCAGCACUGGAAGCGCUGCAAAAGGCGCUCAUAGUGCUUGGUUCGGACGACGACGACGAAUCAUAUCUUCGCAACCUCGACAAAAAGUUGACUGCGGCGUUAAACGAGAGAGUGUGCCGAGAAGCUCGCAGCGGACCUCAUACGCAACGGCCAUCGAUAGUGCCGGACCAGCCUUCUCGACCCUCGCCAGCACCGUUCACUCAGCAGCCUCAGGUCAACCUGGUCCCACAAGGUCAAUAUCAUGUUGCGGGCAGUUUGGGAGAAGAUAUCUGCAAUUUAGGACAUGCUUCACCGUCAAACUGGUCCAACUUGAUCGAAGUCUACUUGUCGGGCACACACUCUUGGUUGCCAGUCAUUUCGAAACACUCCUUGCUGCGUUCAGGCAGCCUAUUGGCUGCCGCAGCUGGUGAUACAUCAUACACGACAGCCAAUGGCAUUGAAACGCCCCAGGAUGGAGAUGUCGUGUCCCUUUGGGCUGUCUAUGCGCUAGCAUCAUAUCAGCUACAAGGGGCCGGUACGAUUACCGCCCAGCAACCUUCAAUCGAAACGAAUCAGGUAGAGAUUCACAGGAUAUCCAAGAAGCUUGCGACCAAAGAACCUGAACAUUACGAUGCCGGACAUGUCCACGCUUUCUUAAUACUAGCGUUACUCGAGGGCUUGAAAGGUACCUGGUCUAAAGCAUGGAUCUGGGUAGGUAAAGCUGUCUAUGUAGCGACUAGCUUGCACUUGGUCUCGACCGAGGGGAAAGAUACAAUCGAGACGCCCGAGAGUAGACGUCUUUUCCAAGGCUGCUUUGUUCUAGACACGCUCGUCGCCUUGAGGCUUGGCAACCGAUCGUAUUUCAACCAUCAGGAUCUCAAGAGCCGCGCGCUCAGCACGGUCGAUGGUCUGGAGGAAUGGGAAGCCUGGCGUCCGUGGCCUACACCUGCUGCUGAUAUGAUGAUGUGCACGGCAUCAUAUGGCCCCGGUCGAGUGCUAAGCACCUUUAAUUAUCUGACUCGUCUUGUCUGUCUGCUAAACUAUCUUUACAGCGUGGGCCAGGGCAGCUCAUUCCCGACGCAGAGAUAUGGUUUUUUCGAGGAGUUGAGUCAACUGCUUGAAACAGUGCCAUUGCAAAACGCCAGUUCCUUCCAAGAGCAGAGCUUAGCCUCUGAGCCGCCGCACGUUGUGCACCUCAAGAUUGCUACGGCGGCGACAUACGUCCUCAUCAAAUGCAAGUCAGCCCAUAGAUCUCAGUUGCAAACCUGCGCGCAGCUUGAGAAGGAAAAAAUACUUCCCACCGUGACACCAAUCUUGAAGUUCCUUGCAUCAACCCCACGGCUAUCACCGAUAUUCUACACUACCUGCUUACCACCGACCACGAAGUUCUUUCUCGUCUAUCUUGAACAGCAUGGCCUCAGUUCCCUGGAAUACCAUUUACGGCCUGACUGGGAGACCGUUCUAUCCCAGACGGCAUCUGCUCGAGUCGUGUCCUCCCAAACAACGCAGCGGAACUCCAGCGCGGGCCAUACCGCCAGCUCAUUGAUAUCUUUCCCUCCUAUUCUCGGGACGGUUCGAGGAUCCAAUACAACCUCACUUGAAUCCGUUGAACCAGUACAUGACCGAUCUUACGACGAUCCCCCCAUGUCAGAUGCUCAUGCCGCAGACAGGAACUUUCCGACUCGCGUCAACAACACCCAACCCCGGCCCACCGAGUCUUCAAGUCAGCCCAUGGCAUCAAUGGCUCAGUUCCCAACUCCAAUUUCUGCUUCUGGAGGUUCUGGACGUGGACCCAGUACUUCUAAUAUGGCAUCGGAAAUGAAUCAGUCUGACUUGGCGAGGACCGAACUCUCUGGCUCCUUGCCGGACUCUGUGGAUCAACACAGCCUUUUUGGUCAAUUGACGCUCCUCGAUGCGGUUGAAUGGUGA